AUGGGCAACUCGCGUCGCAACCGGGCCGGCGCCUCUCAGAGACGAGAUCCCCUCGCCAAACCCGUCAAGGUGCCCUCAGACCCGGAGCUUGCAGCUCUCCGAGAAGCCAAAAUCAUCCCCGUCAUCGAGGACCUUCGGAACCCCGACCCCAAGUCUCGAGCUGCCGCCGCCUCCGCCGUCGGCAACAUGGUCCAUGACACCAAGUGCCGCAAGCUGCUGCUCCGGGAACAAGUCGUCCACAUCGUCCUCGCGCAGACCUUGGCCGACGCUGCUCUCGAGAGCAAAGUUGCUGCAUGGCGCAUCUUGCAGCUCCUGGCCCAGCAAGAGGAGGCUGAUUUCUCUGUGCACUUGUUCCGCUGCGACAUUCUAACCGCCAUCCGACAUGCUGCCAAGGCUGUCUCAGAGAAGCUGUCACCCGGCGGCAAUGGCUCCUCCAAGCUUUCCAGGGCAGAAGCGUCCUUCGUCGUGGCCAUUUCUGCAUCUCUGAUUGCCCUGCUCACCGUAUUGGCGGAGGCUGCCGACGAUAUACUCGAGUCCAUCUCCUCCAACACCACCAUCACUGACUUCCUCUUCGUUAUUGCUGCCUACCCCAGCACUGGCAAUACCGAAUUUGACGCCGUUUCAAGCCUCCGCGGCGACUCUUUGGCUUGUCUCAUGGUUCUCACCGAAGAAAAUGGAAAUCUGGCCAGAAAGAUCGUCACCAACACCAAGUGCUAUCAGGUCAUGACGUCCCUCAAGAACUCCGUCACCGGCGACGGCGUCCUGGCUUGCGCCACCCUCCAUCAUGUCUUUUCUGCGCUUGAGGGACUCCGGGAUCCGCCCGAGAUUCCCGGCGCAGACGAUUCUCUCUUGAUUCCCACACUUGCUGCGACGAUUGCAAGUGUUGAGCCAGUGCAACAUGCUGCUAAUGGCAGCGGCCAAGGCUGGUCAAACCCGGUGCGGCUGCAGCAGCUUGCCCUCGAAACAUUGGCAUCCAUCGGCACUGCUCUGAACUCUGCCAACGUGGACGUGCCCGGCCCCGCAAAGCAAAAAGAAGACGAGGGAACCGAGGACGACGAAGACAUGGACGACGCCGCUGUACGCGGCUCCGGUGCUGAGGAUGAACAAGGUGAAGAAGAAGACGGCGACCACGAAAUGGGCCAGGAUGCAAUGGAGGCAGACAUGGAAAUGGUCACUGGCGUAGCCGGCGACGAUGACGAGGCCAACAUCGACGAUAUGCCCGUCCUCAAAGCCCUCCUUCAAACUGCCCUCCCCCAACUCAUCCGCAUCUCCUCCCUCCAACCUGCCGACAGCGACAUUCUCCAACUCCAGGGUCACGCCCUCUCCGCCCUCAACAACAUCGCCUGGUCUGUCUCUCUCGUCGACUUCUCCGUAGACCAAAACGCCGGCAUCCAAAAGGCCUGGGCACCUGUCGGCCGGGCCCUCUGGCAACACGUCAUCACGCCCAUUCUCUCCAGCGACACCGCCGACGUCAACCUCGCCACCCACGUCACCGGCCUCGCGUGGGCUGUGUCCCGCAGCCUCGGCGGCAACACACCUCUCGCUGGCGAUGAGCAUCGCAAAUUCAUCUCCCUCUACCGGGCUACCGAGGCCAUGGAGCCCCGAGAUUCCGAGGACCCCUUCCAGCGUCUUGGCGUCAAAUGCGUAGGGCUCCUCGGCCAGCUCGCCGUCGACCCUGCCCCGGUUCCCCGGAACCGCGAAAUAGGCUCGUUCCUAAUCAGCCUCCUUGCCGGACUGCCCGACACCCCUGCCGCGGACGCUGUCGAGGCACUGAACCAAAUCUUUGACAUCUACGCCAGCGAGGAAUUCGCAUACGACGGGCAAGUCUUCUGGAAGGACAAUUUCCUGCACCAACUAGAGGCCGUCAUGCACAAGGCGCGAGCAAUGGUCAAGAGCGUCGACAAAAAGAGACAGCCCGAGCUGAGAGCCCGUGCGGACGAGGCCGUCAUGAACCUGGCAAGAUUCUUGGCUUACAAGAAGAGGCACAAGCCUGACAACGUCAGUGGCUCUUGA